UCCGGGGACUACUAGUGCKUACCGCCUAGGUGAGCAGGGCAGGGGCCGGGGUAUUCCUACCGCUAUGAACUGCACCAUCGAGAAGAUCCUGACAGACGCCAAGACACUGCUGGAGAGGCUGCGGGAGCACGAUGCGGCCGCCGAGUCUCUGGUGGAUCAGUCGGCCGCGCUGCACCGACGAGUGGCCGCUAUGCGGGAGGCGGGGACAGCGCUUCCGGACCAGUAUCAAGAAGAUGCGUCCGACGUGAAGGACAUGUCAAGAUACAAGCCUCACAUUCUGCUGUCUCAAGAGAACACACAGAUUAGAGACUUACAGCAGGAAAACAGAGAACUGUGGGUUUCUUUGGAGGAACAUCAGGAUGCUUUGGAACUCAUCAUGAGCAAAUACCGGAAACAGAUGUUACAGUUAAUGGUUGCAAAAAAAGCAGUGGAUGCUGAACCAGUUCUGAAAGCUCAUCAGUCUCACUCUGCAGAAAUUGAAAGUCAGAUUGAUAGAAUCUGUGAAAUGGGAGAAGUGAUGAGGAAAGCAGUUCAGGUGGAUGAUGAUCAGUUUUGUAAAAUUCAAGAAAAACUAGCACAAUUGGAGCUUGAAAAUAAAGAACUUCGAGAAUUAUUGUCCAUCAGCAGUGAGUCUCUUCAGGUCAGAAAGGAAAAUUCAGUGGACACUGCUUCCCAACCCAUCAAAUAACUGAACUUCCAAGUGAUGGCUGAAGAUUAUCUAGGAAGGAAUUUAUCUUUCCAUCUAAGUAUUAUCCAUCCAGUGUCUUGCCUCAGACUUGAUUUAGUGUUGAUUAUAGAUAUUAGGCAGCAGUUUAGAAUUCCCAGUCAA